AUGGUCGUAGAAGAGCGGAGUGUAGACCAUGUGGGGGAUCCCAAGUUUGCAGGCAUGGACGUCGAAAAGCACAUUGUGGACUAUGUGGAGGAUCCGAACUUUGCAGCCAUGGUAGUCGAAAAUCAGACGCUGGAGAAAAACCUCGUCUGCACCAACUGCGGCGACAAGUCGUCUACCUUAUACUGUGAGUCGUGCCAGCCGGGGGUUUCAUGGUCCGACGAGUUCAUCCUGGACUUGAUUAUCCGCAACACGACCAUUGUUUCAUUUCAGCGACACGUCACACUCGGAGGAGCCACCUGCGCCACUGGUGUCCUGAACAGCAUCGGCAAACCCAGAGUCGCAUAUCCCGACCUGUCUGUCAAUACGGGAUCUCGCGUUGUCUUUGCGUGUGCGGACGAAAACGGGGGGCACCGGUCGUACCUCGAACAGUGUGAACUUGCUCGCCUGCACGUCCUGGCGUUUGGCACCACCGCGGAGGUACCUCACGUCAUCAUCCGCGUUAACACGGAUCGCAUCCGUGAGCACUAUCGUGCUAUCGCCCAGAUAAUCCACAAUAUGCUGACCCAGCCCCUCGGUGAUGCCAGUGGCCCGUUUCUGCUGUACGUGGACUAUCCAGUCGACAACAAGCACCUGAAGAAUGCACACGCUGCCCACGGGAAGGCGCUGAUUCUACUGGAGAAUAUUGUAGAUAUGGACGCUGUGUGUAUCGACUCCGACCUGGCGGCCAUGGAAUUCGCAGACUUUGUCAAGCUACCUGAGGACGCCGUCGUUUUGUCCGCCGAAUGUCUGUUGCGCCAGCCUAUCUGUCGGCGAUACGUCGGGAAGCGUAUCUGUCAGAGACCCACGGAAGCCGCUGGUGAUGUCAUGUGUGAAGACUGCAAGAAGAAGAGGCGCAAAAAUACGUUUAUUUUGACUAGCACGGGUAGAGUGCGUUACACGGCAGAUGUAUAA